AUGGAAUUGUCUAGCUCCAGUGAAACAUCAUGUCCUAUAAACAAACUUCCAUUCGAACUCGUAACGGCGGUGGCGUCCUUAUUGGAUCACCCUGCGGAUAUAUUGAGCCUCACGCGGUCCUCCAAGCGAUUUUUCCAAAGUCUUACCAGCCAACACGCGCUCUUCGUAUGGAAGGCAGCACGAAAGGCCUUUCAACCAGCGUCUAUCCCAGACCCACCAAAAUUAUUUACGGAAUAUGGCUGGGUGGCAUUCAUAUUUGGACCCAACAACUGUGCUCGUUGUCAGAAGAGAACGUUUGAUUUGCCUUGGAGUUUGAGACUUCGUGCCCAUAUGUGUAAAGCAAGCCUGGUUACCGGUUUAUCAUCGCGAUUGCUGAAUGAUCUCCUCAGUUUUUUCCUCAAUAAAGAAGAGCCAGUACCACCCGAAAUCGCUAGUAAGCUGCGAAGUAAUUGCAAUGUGCCGGACCCUCGUAGAUGGAUUUGCGAUUCUUUACCAAGCCUGGAGUACGGCAAGAACUUGAUAUCAGAUCUUCUCUCCGAUUUUGUACCAAGGGUAUAUAGAAAAAAGGACUGGGAUUACAUAAUUUCCCGUAUCGUAUCCAUUGUCAAUUCAGAAAAACCCGUCAACAUUGAACCACGUCUUGAGGUCACCAUUGGUAUUCUCCCCCCAUUCCAAAUUCUCAUGUAUACUACCUCAGGUCUCAAAGAAAACAGAGAGCAAAUUCUACUGGAAACAAGUGUUAUAAUGAAGGCCCUGACAAAUAGCUUGACAUCCUCCGACAUCAAUUCCCAACUGGCGUCUAAACCGAUGCAAGGUUUGAUUAUGACAGAACUUGCACAGUGGCUUGACAUAGCACUCCAACAAACCCGCCAAAAACUAGGUUACUAUGACCCAUCAAACAAACAUGGAAGGGGAAAGAAGGAUAGCUCCCUUGUUUGGCGACCAACCGAGAAUAAGUUGGAUCCCGAGAGCCGAGUAACCAGCUGGUUUACUUGCACUAAAUGCAACGACGUAGAGCCAAGAUUCAAACGGAUGAUGGUGUUGAGCUUUGAGGGGGUCUGUACUCACAAGUGUAAAGAGAAGCACAAGUCGGUCAAAGACAGAACGCCUUGGGACAUUAACAACUUUAUCCUGAAUACAAGAGCCCAAGAAGCUGCCCGAAAGAUGUUGAGCCUCUUACAGAUAGAAGAAGAGAGCCGUACUAGCUGGAGGGUGCUGAAAAGGAGCGACGAAUUCAUUUGCAACUCUUGUCCUGGUGCCAUGCGUUACAUGACAUUUGCGGAUAUGAUUCGACAUAGUCAGCGGCAUGAGACCCAAGACAUAGGAUGGAUGUCGUCCGACAUUAAAGAGGCUACACGUAUCAGUACAUACCGUUUCUCUUAUGCAGAUUUGGCCUCAGGGAAAUAUCCAGAAGAAGUCAAAAAGAAGCAAUUCUACUGCGUUCACUGUACACUCAAGAAUCCUAAUCCAGACCUGAGGGACUUCAAUAGCCUUCGGAGUCACAUAAAAUCGAAGAGUGAGGACUAUAAGUUCGUGGAGGACCCCAGUCUUCAUAAAAAUGGCAUUGAGGCACUCUCAGAACAGAGCUCUAACGAAGACGCAGG